AUGUGCGAACAUUCAUUACAACAACCUCCACCAGAUUACCAAACAACUCUCAUCAUGAAGGCCUCAAUCAUUCUCGCAUCUGCUGCUACUCUCUUCGCCUCUGCUCUCGCAGCUCCAUCCAUCGCCCGCAACGCACCUCUCACCUUCACCGUUCAGCUCGCCAACGAACAGAGCGGCAGGAACGCCAACCGCGAUGUCAUCGUUGGCAACGGCGCUAUAACGCUCGGUCAGCUCUUCGGCGAUGCUCUCGGCUCCCAGGUCCUGGCCACUUCGCUCCAGGCUGUCACCCCUGGUGCAGGCGGAAACAACGUCAAGUGCGAGGUCAAGAACCCCAACUAUCCUGGACAGACCUUUGCGCUCAACGCAUGGAACACUUUUAUCGACCUCGACGGGAACUCUAACGCUGCUAUUCCAACCGACGUUACAUCGUUCACCAUCGAGUGCAAGGUAUAA